AGUUAAAGUAAAAGUUUAGGGUCUGGUUUUGCUACUUCUAUGUACGUCACUUCCUUUAGCGCACCUUUCUGUGCGAGUUUCGUGCAAAGAUGGCGUCGGCGCAGCUUACGGACGAGGAGCUUUUCUCCGAGCUGAAGCGCUUCGGUUUCACACCGGGUCCGGUUACCGAGAACACGCGUCCAGUCUAUCUAAAGAAGCUGAAGAAGCUGCGUGAAGAACAGCAACAGCAGAGAAACCGGGCCGGUAAGGGGAGGAACGGUAGCAGCGUUAGCAUUAGCAUUAGCUGCAGCAGUAUUGGCGGGGGCGCGAGCGGACACACGGUGGCUGCGGCUGCGCUCCGGGCCAGACCCAGACCGGCUGGCGAUGACGUCAAACAGUCGAACUCGACCCGCGGUGCCGGUGCUCGACCGGUUGUGAACGCGAAACGCGCCGAAACGAGCGGAAAGUUUGUACUGGGCUUUAGCUCGGACGAGUCGGACGCGGAGGCGCCACAGAAGAAGGCGGACAGGAGAGACCGAGGCUCUGUGCUACUCUCGGCAAGGCCUGCGCAAGAAACGCGCAGGAGUACUGGAGUCGGCUUAAACAGUAAAUCUCCACUUUCUGAGCGCAGACGGAGCGCCGUCAGUCCUCCAUUGUGGGCAGACCGUAAUAGAGGAAAAGCUAGCCUGGAGGUCUCUAAUUUGGAGGGGGAGGAUGAUAACGUGCUGGCAGAGAGCAACGAUUUCGAGGAGGGAAACGAAAGAACCGGUCGGAUUCUGAACGGGAGUGGAGCUUCUCACAGCAGUAAAACCGCCGUGGAUUACAGUGAUUCAGAUGAAGACCAGGACGACGACGAGGAGGACGAACGGGAUCGUGAACGCCGCCUGCUUUCCAGACGCACUGUCUCCAGGUUCACGUCCACCCCAUACAAAAGCGUCUGGGACUCAGACACCGGUCGGGAAAAGCUGCCAGGAACGAGCUCACUCCCAAACAUGGCGGGUGACGAAGACGACGGUUAUAAAGAUACGACGUCUCUGAGUCGGAACUAUUUAAAAAGAUCCCGCGUCAGCAGUGAAAACGGGGAAAGCGACAAGAACAGCGACGAUGCGAUUGGCUUCGGACUCAGACCGCGGUUCAGCUCCUACAACAACCUGCCCUCGACCUACACCGCCAACCACUCGAACCACACCGGCUCCAACCAUACGUACAGCCCCAAACCAAAAGACACUGUACCCGAGGACGAGUUGCUCGAGCAGUUUAAACGAGAGGAGCUUUCCUCCACAGGAGGAUUCAGUGCGCAUUAUUUGUCUAUGUUCCUCUUGUCCGCCGCCUGCCUCUUCUUCCUGCUACUCGGACUCAUGUACCUGCAUAUGAGGGGCACUGGGGCAUCAGAUACUGUGGCUGUCAGAACACAUCCGUUUGGCGCAGACUUUGACAGCGCAUACAGCCAUAAAGAGAAAGACAUCAUUCUCAGUCUUCUCCUCCAUCUGCAUGACCAUCUGGCUGAUAUUGCAGGUGAACAUGACUGCAAAGAUCUCAACGAUCCAUUAAACAGAAGUGUUUCCCUCACUGGGGCCACUAAGUUUUUGAUGCAUCAAAAUAACGCCUAUGAAAAGUGGAUACAAACAUCUCUAGAGUGGAUCAUAAAAACAGGAGAGGUUGCCGGUAUGAGGUUGAUUGGAGAUGACCCUUCGCAGCCAGUGGAGGAAGUGUCUGACAUCUCUCGUCUGGAGUCCACUCACCCUCGAAUGUCCUUCACCUGCCGUUUCCGGCGAGCUUUCUACACUGUGAUCUACAGAGUUCUUCUUGUCAUCGCCGGAAUUGGUGCUAUUUUUGGCGUGAUUUGGUACAUGAAGUACCGAUGGAGGAGGGAGAAGGAGGAGACCAGGCAGAUGUAUGACAUGGUGGAGAGAAUCAUAGACGAGCUGAAAAGCCAUAAAGAAGCAUGCCAGGAGAACCCGGAUUUGCAGCCAUACUUGCCCAUUUUUCAUGUGCGGGAUUCCCUUGUUCAGCCGCAGGACAGGAAGAAGAUGAUGAAAAUUUGGGACAAAGCUGUUGCAUUUCUCUCUGCAAACGAAUCUCGCGUCAGGACAGAAACACAGAGAAUUCGAGGAGCUGACUUCAUAGUGUGGAGGUGGCUUCAGCCAGCAUUUCCUAAUGUCAUUUUGCCCAAAGUAUGGCAAGGAAAAGCAUUUCCUCUAGAUCAGCGAAAUUCACCUCCAAACAGCUUAACACCAUGUCUAAAGAUUCGCAACAUGUUUGAUCCUGUAAUGGAGGUGGGUGAAAACUGGCAUCUUGCCAUACAAGAAGCCAUUCUGGAGAAGUGCAGCGAUAAUGAUGGGAUCGUCCACAUUGCAGUCGAUAAGAACUCAAGAGAGGGUUGUGUUUAUGUGAAGUGCCUUUCAGCAGAGCACUCUGGGAAAGCUUUCAAGGCGUUGCAUGGCUCUUGGUUUGAUGGAAAACUGGUGACUGUUAAGUAUCUACGCCUGGACCGCUACCACCAGCGAUUCCCACAGGCCAAGGGAUGCAACACGCCUCUGAAACCAUCCAGCUCCAGCAUGAACACCAUGGCCCGGCUACGUCGCCGCUCCAGCACAUCCUGCUCACUGGGUUUUUCCUGAACUUCAGACAUGUCUAAUUACACUCUGUAUCUGUUUCUUCUCCUCUUCUCACUGUGAGUGGGAAUCAUGAUCAUCGUUCUUGUGGCCUGGAAGGCACUUUGGUGUAUUGUCAGCAGAACUAACAGAGCUACAGUUUGCUGCAAUCCGGUGCAUCUUUGGGGUGGAACUAAAGAGGAGAAAUGCAGAGUGGAUUGGUGGACAUUUUGGGAUAUGCCAGCGAUCCCAAAUGUGUUUCGAACUAGUCAGGCAUAUCUUUCUCUGCUGCAGUGGACACAAUUCUUUUUGUUUUUGCUUUACUUUUGUUUAGUUUACAGGCUGGAUUGAACAAAGAAACAAAUGACUUCCAGUUUAUUCUAAUGUCAAGUUUGAAAUUGAAAGGAAAUCUUGUCCAUCCACUUUUUCUCCAGCUAACUCCUCUCUUUUGUUAAAAAAGGGGUUCUGUCAGGCUAUACAUGGCUGCAUGUGCUGGUUAAAAUAUUCCUAUAUUUAAGCUUUGAAUUGUAUCAUAUAACAUGGAUGUUUAUUUCCCUGAAGACAUUUUAUCUUAUGUAUUUCCUUUUUUGUAGUUUUUAGCCCAAAAACAAUGGCAUGCACACACACUAAACCGGGUGCUGUAAAUAUUUUGUUAAAUGGUGGUGGUUAAAAUCAUCUGUAUAAAACUGCAGAAUGUCAUAAGCUCUAAUUAAUUUCUUGCCAGCAAAAUUUCUACUAUUUUCUUGUCACCGAUUUCUACUGAGCUGAAAAAUAACAAACAUGGUUGUGUUACUGCUUAAGUGGCUUUUGAUAUCAAAUUUACUGCUGAGUUACAGACCCCCAACACACACACACUCACAUUCUCACCUAAGUCUUGCCAUUUUUGAUGUAUUCUCUUGUACCCUAAUGUAUUCUUUUGUUUGUUUUCAAUGUUACACAUUUUUAUGAUAGGUGCUUUGCUGUAACUUUGCCUCAGUCCACCAAAAUACUAAAUCUAAUGCUAUUAAACUGAUCAGGUGAAGAAGCAAACAUUUUUUUGCAUCAGAUGCAAACCACCUUUAAACCCCCCAGGUUUUUUUUAAUAAGAGUUAAUCCUGGGCAUAGUUUGGACCUCCUCAUUCUGUCAUGUUGUGCUACAGGUUAAUGAACCAAAUUCCAGUUUUUAAAAUAUGCUGCAGGUUUAUUUAAUGGUUAAUAAAGAGUUAUUGCAUUUUUCAAGGAAA